UAUCGAUCUCAACCCACCGCGCAACAAGCGAGCGCUUUACCACUGGUGUACCUACCGCCCCUAGAAAUGAAGAGUAUAAUGAAGACGAUGAAACCCCCUGCCAUAACCAAAGAUCGUAUCUUUGCACAAAACAGAGUCAAACGGACUGUUUACCUGGCUGUGACCGCUACAAUAAUGCACUUGCGUGAGACUUGUUUAUAGGUGGCUUGCCUAGCGGUGAAGGGGUUAAGCUGUUUGUUUUUUCACGUGAAUGGAUUCACAGAAACUGUGUGUGUAUAAUUUAUUAGUAUAUAUAAUUAUUGUGAUUAAUCUUCAGUUCGUGUUAAUUCUCACUCGUGUACAGUAUAGAAAGCUGUCAGGUCUAAGCCUGUUUAAUUCCAAUGGAAAUAUUGUCUUUACUGUGGCUUGGAUUGGAACUUCUAAUAAUAACUGAAACGACGGCUAUCAACGUAGCGCGCAAUAAGCCGGCGACUUUGAGAUCGACGGCCUUUUUCAGCGAUGCUCGUUAUGCAGUGGAUGAGAAGGUCUCGACUUGUGCUAAGUCCUCAAUCACUGACAGAAGACCUUGGCUUCUCGUCGACUUGAAGGGAACAUUCAUGCUGUCGUCUGUGAAGUUAACUGGCACACUGAAAACCUUCGCCGUAGAAGUAUUUACCCAGAAUCCUGUGCACUGUGCUGAAGCCGUGCCAAAUCUAUGUAAGAAUGACACGACCAAGCUCAUGGUUACGUGCGACACACCAGUAGUUGGGCGAUUUCUACGAAUCCUUGAGUGGAAUCUGACUUUUUAUGAUCGGCUGACUUUGUGUGAAGUGGAGACUUUUACCGAUGUAAUAGAUACUUGCGAACACCCAAAACAAUAUCCUCAAUUUACCAGAAAGAGGCUAGAACUUAAUACUACCGCAAACCCUAACGAAAUCGUGCCUGUUUCCGACCUCAUGGAGUGUUCGAUGAAAUGUUCGCAAAACAACACGUGCCUGGCGUUCAACUACAACGAUGGAGCGAAACAGUGUGAGCUUGUUUGGAGCCCAGACGAGGCUGAUGUUACCGAGGACGUCUCGUGGGACUACUACGGUAACGACUUCUGUUAGAAUAUCGCCAUUACGACGAAGUGGACGUCGUUAGCAACAUAACAGGAAAAGAAUAUUUGAUUAACGACAAUGCAGUUUAAUUUUAUACGUACAGUUAUUGACAUCUAACAGAGA